CACCGAGUAAUAACAGCUCUUCGGUAUGAGCUGAAGUGUUCCUGCCUUGCUAGGAAAGUAGUUAAAUGUUACGGGAAAACUCAGGGGAAGGGUGCUGAGCUUCAAUAUAGAUUUACUGGAAAGGAGUCUCGAAUGUUCUGUCAAAACUUCAUGAGGGUAAUUAAACAACUGAGAUGUGAAGAUGACUCUGGGAAGCAAAGGCUUGCAGUUCUUGUUUAUGCAUAUAUUGGAGUAAGGCUGUGUGAAUCUGUUUCUUUGUUUAGUCGGAUUGAUAUUACAGCUGAGCAGCUCUUGGAGCUUAGAGUAAAAUGUCAACAGUACUUCAGGGCAAAUGCUUUGCUUCUCCCCCCUAUGGUCACACCAACUGUUUGGACACUCGGGCAUGUUGUCCCUCAGCAUGCAAAACACCUGUUCCAGAAAUAUCACCAGGGACUAGGUACAGUGACAAUGGAGGGGAGAGAAGCAAAGCAUAUUGUCCUCAAGAAACUGUCAGAGAACAGCUCAUCUAAAAACCAAUGGUUUGAUAUCUUUCAGCAUGAGUUUGUAAUGCUCAUUUGGUUACCAGAAAAUGGGUUUACCACAUGCCAAUACAAAGCUAGUAAAGCUGCAUCCAAAUGGGGAAAUGUCACCCACAGCUAA